GCGCUAGACUUGAAAAGUAGCGUUAGUUUUUAAUCCUCCUGUAUUGAAAACAGAUAGACCCGUCUUCAAUUUGAUCGAUUACUAACAUUUAAAAGUACCUAAAGUUGUAUUACAAAAGUAGUUUGAAAUGUUUUGGCAAAGUUUACAAGUAACUUUUGAGAUAUUUUGUAGUGACGUUGCACAAAUUGGAAGCUGUUUUUUUCUGGAUCAAACACGCUAAAUAAAUGGACAUUUUGGAUAUAUAUCGACGGAAUUAAUCGAACAAAAUGACCAUUUGUGAUGUUUAUGGGACAUAUUGGAGUGCCAACAAAAGAAGCUCGUCAAAGGGACAGGGAGGGGGACUUGCUUCAUUAUGAACUGUGCUGCUAUUUUGAUAUUAACCGCAAGUUGUUUCAGUUGGACAUCUACUAUUUAUCUGCCAAACAAACAAGAAACAAAGAAACUGAAGUAUCUGCUUGAGCCUCCUGUUUAUGCUGAAGUAACCAGCCCUCGGGGAGGAAAUGCCACUUUGCCAUGUGUACUGCGAUUCAAACCAAGACAUUACAAGGUGAAAUGGACAAAACUGGAACCACUUCGUCGUGGAAGCGAGAACAUUGUCAUGAUCACAAACGGUUCAGCCCACAAACCCUAUGGCCUGCUUGGGCCACGGGCCUCGCUUCGUAAGGCUCAUGCCAUGGAUGCCUCACUACAACUCAGCAACUUGGAACUAGAAGACGAUGGUAGAUAUCGCUGUGAGCUGAUCAACGGUAUUGAGGAUGAGAGCGUCAUCAUUACAUUGAGGAUAGAAGGGAUGGUGUUUCCAUAUCAGAGCAAAAAUGGCCGUUACAAAUUCACCUACAAGGAAGCUAAGGAGGCCUGUGCUGAACAGGAUGGCACAUUGGCCACAUUCAAGCAGCUAUACAGAGCCUGGACAGAGGGUCUGGAUUGGUGCAACGCGGGAUGGCUCAUUGAUGGGACAGUCCACUACCCCAUCCUGCACCCACGAGCAGAAUGUGGGGGGGGGCUGCUGCCUGGCAUUCGCAGCUAUGGCCCCCGGGACAGGAUCCGGGACCACUUUGAUGCCUUCUGUUUCACCUCUAGAACCACAGGCUUUGUGUUCUUCGUUGGACAGCCACUCACAUUUGGGGAGGCAAUGCAGGCAUGUAGGGGUGAGGGAGCAGAGUUAGCUCUUGUUGGACAGCUCUAUUCGGCCUGGCGUUUCCUGAGCUAUGACCGCUGUGAUGGAGGUUGGUUGAAGGACGGCAGUGUGCGUUUCCCUAUCACCACCCCUAGAGAGCGCUGUGGCGGUAUUCCCGAGGCUGGGGUGCGCACCUUUGGGUACCCCAACAAGACCCUCCGUCUCUAUGGUGCCUACUGCUACAGGUAGCUUUCAUGAGACCCAUAGCGUGUGGAGCCUACUUCCACUGACUUCAUAGAUCCAAGACGCAGAACCAUUGUGAAGACUACCAGUGACCCCUACAGGUUUCCGUACGUAGGGCUUGCAGAUACAGGUAGUCAAAAGGCUAGGAACUGGUUCCUCAACAACGGCAAAAAGAUACAAGUAGCACUGCGCUUUUCUGCAAUACUACAAUAUGUUAUUACAGGAAACCUCGAAGGCUUAAUGCCUUUUUCCAUGGGACACAUCAACAAAAGCCUGCCACUUUAAUGAACUUUACUGCUACAGGUAACAACUGAUGUACAUGUUUUCCUGCGCUUGUGUAACAUUUGUUUUGUGAACUUUGUUAUCCAAGAAGCAUUAUUCUAGUGUAACAGGAUAGUUAUUACACAAUGACAAAUUCCUAAAAUGCUACUGUUAGCUUCUUAGCUGAUGUAAGAGGGUGUGUAAAUAGCAGAAUGGGAGAAAGUAUACACACUGAGCAUAACUGUAAUACAA